CAAAAAAGGAAAGGUGUAAAAGGAAAGGCCACCAAGUUUUGAGGUAGAGGUUUAAAGCAUCUCGAUCGCCUCCCAACGUAGGAUCUCUCCCUCUUCUCGAGCAAUAGACAGCAGGAAUAUGCAGAAAAGAUCUAAAAAGCGUGCCAGAGUCGAGUCGGAACUACUCGAGCAGCUCGAUUCACUUCCAUGGAACUCUUCGCUGCCUGAAAACGAUGAAACCUUCUCUCUUCUAUUAGAUUCCAAUGAACUCGGAGGAGGCUUUCUGUCUCUGGAAGAGGUUGAUGAAGCAAAAUAUGAAUUGGAGAUUCCAAAGUCGACUGGAGGAAAAGAGAAGCCAAAAUCCAAGAAAAAGACACAAGCUAAAAAGCGGAAAAUAGAUCAAAGUUGUGAUGAUUCAAAUGGUAAAGAGGGAGAAGAUAUACUCCUGGAGGAAAAGAAUCAAAAGAAAAAGAAAAGAAGUAAGAAGACCAAUGAUAAACUGGCACAUAAAGCAAAAGAAAAUACAGAACAGAUAGCUGAUUCCAACAAUAAAAGUGGUGUUGAAGAGGAUUUAGUAGAUGAUGCUGAUUUUUAUGCAUGGAAUGAGCUGAGACUUCAUCCGCUGCUUAUGAAAUCAAUACACAAACUGAAUUUCAAAGAACCAACACCAAUACAAAAAGCUUGCAUUCCCGCAGCUGCUCAUCAAGGAAAGGAUGUAAUAGGUGCUGCAGAGACUGGGUCAGGAAAAACUCUUGCAUUUGGUCUACCAAUUCUUCAACGCCUUCUUGAAGAGAGGGAGAAAGCCGACAGACUUAUUUCGAAAGAUGGAGAGGUAGAUGAAAGAGUAGCACCUAGAGAGCUUCUUCGGGCUCUAAUUGUGACUCCGACCAGAGAGCUUGCACUUCAGGUCACAGAUCACAUCAGGGCAGUGGCAAAGCACACCGAUAUAAAGGUUGUUGCUAUUGUUGGUGGCAUGGCAACUGAAAAGCAAGAGAGACUUCUGAAAAGAAGACCGGAAAUUGUCGUUGGCACCCCUGGGAGACUUUGGGAACUUAUGAAAAGUGGAGAAGUUCAUCUUGUAGAGCUGCACUCAUUAUCAUUCUUUGUACUGGAUGAGGCCGAUCGCAUGAUAGAAACUGGGCAUUUCCAACAGUUGCAGUCCAUAGUUGACAUGCUUCCCAUGCCUAGUGGAUCAAUUGACAGGAAUUCUUUAGAAAAACAGGAUUGUACAACAGUUCUAAGUGUCCAGAGAAAGAAAAGGCAAACUUUUGUCUUUUCUGCAACCAUUGCCCUAUCUGCUGAUUUUAAGAAAAAGCUAAGGCACAGAUCACAAAAGUCAAAGAUUGAUGAUGAACUAAACUCAAUCGAAACGCUUUCAGAGAGAGCAGGGAUGCGAGCAGAUGCUGCCAUUUUUGACCUAACUAAUGCAUCAAUAAUGACAAAUAAUCUUAUGGAGUCAUUAAUUGAGUGCAGGGAAGAAGAUAAAGAUGGAUAUUUAUAUUAUCUAUUGAGUGUUCACGGUAAAGGGCGCACCAUUAUUUUUUGUACAUCUAUCGCUGCAUUGAGGCAUCUUGCCUCAAUAUUGCGUGUCCUAGGCAUCAAUGUUUCAACACUUCAUGCCCAGAUGCAAAUGCAAGCACGUCUUAAGGCAGUUGACCGUUUGCGCUCAGACGAAAAUGGCGUACUUAUUGCUACAGAUGUUGCAGCCAGAGGCCUUGACAUUCCUGGUGUUCGAACUGUUGUUCAUUACCAGCUUCCACAUUCAGCUGGGGUUUAUGUUCAUAGAUGUGGAAGAACUGCCAGAGCUUUCUGUGACGGAUGUAGUGUUGCACUAAUCUCUCCAAAUGAUGCAUCAAAGUUUGCUUCUCUAUGCAAGUCGUUUGCAAGGGAAAGUUUCCAGCGGUUUCCUGUAGUGAUGUCAUACAUGCCAGAGGUUAUGAAGCGAUUAUCCCUUGCACACCAAAUAGACAAAAUUCUUAGAAAGGACUCUCAGGAUAAGGCCAAUAAAUCAUGGCUUGAACGGCAUGCUGAUUCAGUCGGAUUAGAAUUGGAUGAUAAUGAUAGUGAGGAGGAAAGAGUGAAGAACUAUAAGCGAAAAAGAUCCACUUGUUCUCAAUUGAAGAACUUGCAGCAGGAGUUGAAGUGUCUUCUUUCCAUGCCAUUACAACCGAAAACAUUUUCAAAUCGCUUUUUGGCAGGGUCUGGGGUCUCUCCUGUCUUGCAACACCAAUUAGAGGAACUGGCUAAGCAAAAACUUGGUAAAACAAGUAAUGGUAUAGACAGCAAAAGGAGGAACUUGGUGGUUAUUGGACAAGAUCUUGUAGAACCACUCCAGGCACUUCGAAGUGCCGGACCAGAGGCACAUCUGGAUUUGAAGGAGAUUGCAGAGAAGAGGAAAAAUGUAGAGAACAUAAGGAGAAAGAGAAAAGAAGCAAAAAAACGUCAGCAUGAACAACGCCGUAAGGAGAGGAAAAAGUCUCAAGUUACAAAGGAGUAGAAGAAACUCUUGUCAUGGUUUAAGUCGGACAUAAUUUUGGUAUUGAAAAUACUUUUUUCACUUUAUGUUUUAAAAGAAAGGAUUAGUAUUAGCGUAAUUGGGACACUACGCUGUAGAUUUUAUACCUCUCCACCUCCAUUGAGAGAGGAAGGCUAAAUUUUGUACUAGGUACUGUAUGGAAGCUGUGCUGGCUUGCUUGCUUGAACAAUGGAAGAAGUGGUGUCCACUUUUUUGGUUGCUGAGUUAUUUCCACUCCAAUAAUAACAUAGAAAAACGCUAGCUGAAUUGUUUUCCAC